AAAAAAAGGGGGCGAGCACAGAGAAAUAAAAUGUUCGAACACACUCGCGUCGCCCAGCUCAUCUUGAUGAGGCCCGGAGGGCAUCGCCGCCUCCACCGCACCACCAUUCCGCCGGGCGCCGCUUCCACCGCUCUCACUCCGAUCCACAGCCUCCGUCAUCGACGGCGAAACCUCCUCCAUUUCCCAUUCGCUAGCCUCUUCCCUCCCUCCGCAUUCCUCCUUUCCUCUCUCGCCCCGUGUCUCCGAGGCUCGAUGAACCCCAAGACCAUGAUGGCUCCCGGCGUCGCUGUCCGAGACCCUGAGUUGUUGGAAAAGAAGAAGGCCGCGAUCCGGAGCGCUGGCCCGGUUAAUGUUCAGGUGAUUGCGGAUUUUGACGGCACGCUGACGAAGUAUUGGAUAAAUGGUAUCCGUGGUCAAACUAGCCAUGGAUUGUUACAGCAGGGGAAUCAGGUUUAUGAUGCCAAGAGGCAGGCUUUGUAUGAGUACUAUCAUCCGUUGGAGAUCUCUCCAGAUAUUCCUAUCGAAGAGAAGACGAAAUUAAUGGAAGAAUGGUGGGAGAAGACGCAUGGCCUUCUUAUUGAGGGAGGCCUUACCUAUGAUGCAAUUAAGAGAUCUGUUUCUGAGUCUACAAUUGCUUUUAGGGAUGGAGUUGUCGAGUUGUUUGAAUUCUUAGAGAAAAGAGGUGUGCCUGUUCUUGUGUUCUCUGCAGGUCUUGCAGACAUCAUAGAAGAAGUUUUCAGGCAGAAACUACAUAGAUCUUUUGAGAAUAUUAAAGUUGUUUCUAACAGAAUGGUGUUCGAUGAAACUGGCCGUCUUAUUGCCUUUAAAGGGAAGACAAUUCAUGUUCUCAACAAGAAUGAGCAUGCACUGGAUAUGGCUGCACCUGUUCACGAUAAUUUUGGAGAUCCCAAUGAAUCCGAUCCUGAUAAUUCCUUGGUUAAGAAACGAACUAAUGUGCUGCUUCUUGGAGAUCAUAUUGGUGACUUGGGCAUGUCUGAUGGUCUGAACUAUGAAAACCGUGUAGCUAUUGGAUUCCUGAAUACUAACACAGAGACGUCCCUCCAGAAUUAUGUCGAUGCAUUUGAUAUCGUAUACCUGAAUGAUGGAUCGAUGGGAGGAGUUCUUGAGCUUGUAACUCAACUGUGUCCUCAGGAUCCCUGAUUUAGAGCAUGCUAAGCUGUAUGCAUGCUCUCUUGUAGUUUCUAAACUAGAUAUAUUGUGUUAGUUUCUUUCUAUUCAUUGAUUAGAAAAGCAACUAAUCUUAGGAUAUAGAGAUGCCUGACAAAGGUAUCCUUGAUAUUGUUAACACAGAUAAUCUAAUGUCCCCAGAAUUUCACUUCAAAAUUCGCAUGUCUCUGUCAUGUAGUGGAGCAUCAGCUCGCUUGUAUGCAAGCAUAACUAAUUCACUUUUGGAGUUGAAUCUGGCUCGAUUUAUUGAA